AACUCUAUUUGUCCAAGUUCUCGAAGAAAUUCGUGUAGACUGACCAGAGUCCGCGAAUUUCGGUAACCAAAAAAAAAAAAUAGGCGUAGAGUACUGUGUAAUCUAUAGCUUAAAGUAAAGUUAUCAUGGCGACAGGGGUGGAAUAGUCAUUUUUAAGCGACCAAGGAAAUCUGCAGGCCAAGGGCGAAAAUCCGGGCGUAAAAAAAUAACAUAUAGGCUAUAGACUAUCUUAGACUAUCUAGGAUUAUGUUUUGCCUCGGAUGGUGGUGACAGGAAUCCACGCCUUAACAGUUUAAACUCUUUUUUUUUUAGAAAAAAUUUAAUUGUUUUUUCGAAGAGUGAAAAAGAGUGAGAGGUUGAGUUUAUUAAAAUAUAUUUAAAAUUUAUUCUUUAGUUUAUAAGACUAAACUUUGUUUCGCUUAUAAACAAUGAAAUACCACUCUUCUAUGUAAAAGUCUUAUUUUAAAAUAGCUCUUAAAAAGUUUAACUGAGAAAUAGCAAAGAAACAAACAUAAUAUGGAAACAACACACAGCGCGUUGGUCCGUACUUUUGAGAACAUCAGAUGAACGCAGUGUGCGUUGUUCCGCGUUGAAAGAGUUAAAGGAAGCUACCACGUUCAAUGGUACUUACCCUCUAGAGUAGUGGAGGGUUCAUUAUGAAUGAUAUUCAGUAAAAUUGAUAUAUUUCCCUACUAUUUCUUUUAAUUUUAUUGUAGCAUAAUAAAUUGUCAUACAGUAAUUUCUUUUUCAUCAAUGUAUUAAAAUAAUCUUUUUAUAAAAUAAUUUUAUAAUCUUUAAACUGUUUCAGUUUUCAAGGACGUCUUGGCCUUCUUUCUUUCCUAAUGAAUUCUAUGGAUUUUACAAUUUAUCCAAUCAUUUGGAAAAUCCUUAGUCAAUAAGUAGGGCAUCUUUUCCAGUUAGAUGAAGUCGAAAUUUAAAUAUAUACUAUUUUCAUUGUAAUUGUGCUAUGUGUUGUCAGAGAGCAGCUAUGCUCUAAUAACACUGAAUGAGUUGCAUAUUGACUAGGUCCUUGACCAAAGUGUGAAGCCCCCUUCACAAUGGCAGAUGUUGCUUAUCCCCUCCAGUUCACAUAUUCUAUUUAUUUGAGUUAAAUAAAUUAAUUUUAAAUUAAAUUUAAUUUAAAUUAAUUAAUUUCUAUAAUUUGAGUUUAGGGCACUACAGUUUAUUUUAAGGUUUGAUCAUGUAUUUCCGGCAUAUUUUUAAUGUUUCUAUAGUAAUGAAAGGCUAAUAUGGGUCAUGACUCAUAAUGACAUCGUCUCAGAACAUUUUGAGUAGUUUCCAUCCAUUGUCAUGGGAAACAACAGUAAAGUAUACAUUUUGUAGUAUUUUCUCAGAGUUAUAUUCAUAACUUUGCAAACAAUCGUCAAUAGUUAAUUAGUGAGGUGCAAAUUUUGAAAAAUCAAAAAGAUCUGUAAGCUUAAUUAAAAUGAUAGGUUUACUAAAAACAUUAAUAGUAAAAAAUUGUGGUUUAUUCCCCUUUAUUAAAUAUAUGUUUAUUUUCAUUGUAGUUUGGUCAGCGAAAAUACUUUUCUUUGAGUUUUACACCCCUGGUGCACUUGCAGCCAACACACAACAUAGAAAUGUUAGGAUAAAAGCGUGUGGAAUCAUCUAUGUGGGCAAUUUUCUGUGUGCAGAGUAUUCUUUGAAGGGAGUUUUCUGUGUUGUAAAACUUCUAGAUAAUCAACUUCUUUUUGAUAGGCAGAUUGACCCAGUUUAGACCAAUGGGCAACCCAACACACAACCCAAACACAAGAACUUAAGAUCUCUUAAAUCAGGGCUUUUAACUUUUGAUUAAUUUUGUUUCUUUUAAAGUGAAAGAUGUCUGAGAUUCAUGAUUUUGGAGUAGCUCCUGUGACAUGUCACUCAUUUGACAAGGACAGAACAGGUAAUAAAGCUUGAGUUGCCUUAAAAAUUUUAUUUUAUUUUUUUAGUGAAAUAGUUGUAUUGCAAAUUAAGACGCAUUUUCAUUAUGAAUACUUAACUGCAAUUGUUUAAAAAAGCUGAAUUAAGGUUCUCAUGUUUACUUCAUGUGUAGUCCUGAUGCUAAAGUUGAAUUUGAUGAUUGAAUAGUUAUUGUUACUUGUAGUUGAAUUUCUGGUUAGGGAUACUUUUAAAUUAUGAUUAGUGGGGGGACACUUUUAUAGAUUUUAAGCAUGGUCAUGGUAAUAUUAAUAUUUGAAAAUUCAUUGAGCCACACAUCUAGGUGGAAAUAACACACAAUUUUUUCUACAUAUGUGCAUACUUCAAUAUAAUUUUUCUUGUAUAUCAGAGGUAUUUAAAAACAGGACUGAGUAAAUUAUUAACCUUGACAAAGCUUGUCAUCCUUUGUCUGCCAAACCUUGUUCCACAUAUUUCCUUUGUUUGCCAAAGAAGAUUUGGCAAAAAUGCUCAUUAUUUUGAGGUGUAUUCUGAAACAAAUUCAUACUUACCACUUGUAUCCUUACAAUUAUGAUAUAAAAGAGUACUCAGCUGAAAGGAAAUAUAUUUUGUUAUAGGAACUUUGCUUUUAAUUUAUGUUUAUAUUAAUUAUACUACAUUAUUUGCAAACAGGUCUAGCACUUUCUCUCAAUGAUUCCAAUGUUAAGAUUUACAAAAAGUCUGGGACCAAAUGGCAAGAAACAGACACUUUAAGUGAGCACGGUCAGAGAGUCACGAGCAUUGACUGGGCCCCUAACAGUAACAGGAUUGUUACAUGUUCUGCUGUAAGUAGUUAUUGUAGAUCUGCCAUGAAGUUUUAAAAAUGGCAGUGACAGCUCAGAAUAGUGAGCCUUAAAAUAGCGCUGUCCCUGGCAUAUGCCUUACCUCACCCUGGCACUGAAACGAUUUCUCAACAGUGGGUUGAACCUGGAAAUAGCGCCAUCCCUGCUAAUAGCACCACUUUUGCUUCAGUCCGAGUUGUUUGCUUUAUUUCCAGAUCUCACAGUAGCUAUUUGUAAAAAAUUCAUACAACUGACUUUUUUUCUCUAUAUUCUUUUAGUUUUUACAAUUAUGAAUGUUUGUACAAUAACAGGUAUUUUGCUUUACUGGCUUUGCCCUUUAUUAAAUUUUAUAAAAAAAAUGUAGUCCAGUAUAAUAGUUUUAAAUGUGAUGGAGCUUGUUGUUGCUUUUGGAUCAAGCUGUUGAUUUAAAAGAAUUUUAAAUAAAGUCAUCAUAAAAAAAUUUGAUUAAAAUCUUCAAAUAAUAUGUUGGGGUUAAUAAAUACCUCAAGAUUUUUUUUUUUUUGCAAAAUAAAAAUAUAAGCAGGAAAAAAGCCAAGGAAAUGUAAUCAUGUUUUAUUUUGAAAGAAAACUUUUUGUUGAAUGACCCAUAAGUUUCUCAGAAGUCUCCAUGUCGAUCUUAGAAACAACCAGACUCUGGAGUCCUUUAAAACCGAUCUAAAGACACAUCUAUUUCGCAAAUACCUUCUGGGAUGAUUGUCUACCUUAUUUUCCAGUUAAAGCAUAAUGGCGGUGUUGCUCCGGGUUGAAAUGGCUUGAAAGACUUUGAGAUUGUAUGCUUGUAAUUAGUUUUUGUAGUGUUGCGUUUGUUUUAAAUGUGGUAAAUUAUAGAUAUGUUUUUUUGUUGACUUUGUACCGCGCUUCGAGCCUUUCGGGAUGAAGCGUGUUUUUGAAAUGAACUUUAUUAUUAUUAUUAGAUUAUGAACAUUGUCAUGAUCUUCUUAAUUAAUCUCUCCUGUAGGAUCGUAAUGCAUUUGUCUGGAUGCUAGAGAAUGGCAAGUGGAAGCAGGUGCUGGUUAUUCCCCGCAUAAACCGUGCUGCCACAUUUGUCAGGUGGUCACCCAAAGGUGAUUAUCAAGUUUUGAUAACGUGUGCAGUGAAUUAAAAGAAAGUUCCAGUUGAGCUCAUGCUAGGCUCAGUUGAGCUCAUGUUAGGCCCAGUUGCAAAGAAAUAACAAUCAUUAAACACUCCCUCAAAUACAAUUUCAAUAGUAGAUAUUUUUAAAGAGUUUUCAAAAGACAUUGAGUUUAAUGAAAAAUCUCUGUACCCGGUGGCUUUUAACUUUAAGCGGUAGCCUCAGAAAUGUUUACAUUUUGUAAUAAGCGAGUAUACCGAUGCAUGUAUAUAUAUAUUUUUCCAUUCAGAAAACAAAUUUGCAGUGGGCAGUGGCUCUCGUCUGAUUGCUAUCUGUUACUAUGAUGUUGAAAACAAUUGGUGGGUCAGUCGUCACAUCAAGAAGCCAAUUCGUUCAACUGUGACAUGGUGUGUGUUCUUAUUUUUUCUUCUUUUUGUUAAAAAUUUAAAAACAAAAUAAUUUCUGUUUAAAAAUAUUCAGAGGCACAGCUGCCUUAAAGAAAGUUGGUAUUACCCGUGAGUAAACUUUCUUAGGUUUGUGUCUGCACUGUUGUGAACAGGCCUGAGGGGAAACUUCAUGCUGAUGAUUUUUCAUAAAAAUAUAUUCAUCUAAAAAUUAACUUACUGUCCAGUUCUUCUCUCUCCUCCCCCGCCCCCUCUCCCCCUCUCCCCAGGAGACCAAAGAAAAUGGAGCAUGUCACAGAAUUACUGAAACAGAUUUUAAACUUACUCUGUGGCUGCUCUAAUAGAUCUCCUAAUCAAAUGUGGGGGUAAAAAAAUGACAUAAAAACAGUGUUGAAUUAAUGAAAAACAUUGUUAUAAUCCGACAGAUACUCUAUAGUCACCUCACAUAAGUGUUCAUUUGUUCUUCUCAUCUGCUGUUCUUGGUUAAAUUUCAGCCUGGACUGGCAUCCAAACAAUGUCCUGCUGGCUGCCGGGUCUACUGACUUCAAAUGCAGGUUAGUGACUAUAACAAAAAAUUAACCACUCAGUGUUUGUUAUAUUUUAUUUUUUUGUAAUGGUGAUGAAUGUUUCAUGCAAGUGUUGAUCUCUGACUUGACAUUAGUGUGAUACCUUGAUGUGUUACUAUAAAUAGCCCCCAAUCUUCUCUGAUUUUGGCCAAUUGACUUUGUCCCGCCAAACAUACGAUUCUAAAUCAAUAGUCUGUAAUGAAUAGAUCAUUGCCUUGUAUAGUCAAUGAGAUCGGCCGUGACUGCGCAGAUGCCAUCACCUAAAAUGAACUGCAUCUCAGAUCUGAAUUCUUUCAUGAUUCCCUAGGGUAUUUUCUGCCUAUCAGAAAGAAGUUGAUGAAAAGCCAGGUCCCAGCUCAUGGGGCACCAAGAUGCCCUUUGGAGCCCUGAUGGCUGAAUUUAGCAAUGGACUUGGUAAAUAUUGAUUGCAAAAACUCUGACCUCCUAGUUUAGUUAUGUUGACAACAUGGUGUUGUUCACUAAUGUUGCCAACAUGGUGUUGUUCACUAAUGUUGACAACAUGGUGUUGUUCACUAAUGUUUGCAACAUGGUGUUGUUUACUUAUAUUGGCAACAUGGUGUUGUUUACUAAUGUUGGCAACAUGGUAGAAAUGGUGGGAUUUAUUAAUCUUUAAGUGUCUUACAAAAAAUCUAUAAAACCUAAUUUGUAAUUGAUAAUCCAACUAAUUGAUUAAUUUUAAACUUGUUUUAAUUUCCAUGCUUUGUGCUUUUAGGAUAGCAAAAUGGUCAGUUCAUCUAUGCCAACUCAGGAAAGGGUAUUUUAUGACAUCAAAUUCAGUUGUCGCAAAACUAAUGUUAGUGAGGGCUGCAUAUUACUUUAGGGGUGCACACCAUAUCAAAAUGCUACACUUUAUAUUUCAAACCCCCUUUGAUACAAAAAAAAACAUAAUUUUACCACACCAUUAAAUCAGUCUGCUCUUACAGGAGGCUGGGUGCACUCUGUAUCUUUCUCUCCCAGUGGUGACAAAGUGGCCUGGGUGGGACAUGACUCCAGUGUGUCUGUUGGGGAUGCCACUAAAGGAAAUGAGUAAGUUUUUAAAAAAAAAUAUUCUAACUAUAGCUCUAACAGUAAGUUCCACUAAUGUGCACGUCCAAUCAUACGUUAUCUCGGGUGGGUGGGCAGUGAAAAAUUAUUCUUAAUUUAGUUGUGGUUUACCCCUUUCAUGUCACAUCAGACUUAGUUUGAUUUCUCAUUAAAUCCUGCCACAGGUUGGAGACCAGACUCGGAUUGCAGGCCCAAACUACUUUUUUAACCUCUUUUAUUUUGAGUCUUGUUUUUAUUUAAAAAUCAAUGAAACUCCUUAAAUUAAAUUGCUCAAAAUAAAAGUAAUGCCAUAUAAUUUAACAAAAACACUCUAUCUCAGUCAUUUAAAAAAAAAAAAAAAGCUUUUUUUUUUUAAAAUUUGAAUGAUGACCCUUUUCAGACUCACUGUAAUUAGAGAGAGUUUCCUCCCCUUCAUGGGCAUUACCUGGAUAACUGAAAAUAGCCUUGUUGCAGCUGUAAGUAGUAAACGUGUGAUUUUUUUUAAUCCAAGUUCAAGUAAUUUUAUAUAUAGAAAUAGAAGGAUUGACCAUCUCAGGAUAGAAUUUAGCUUUUAAAUCAGUACAGAGCUCCAUUAGCACUCACAGUAAACAGACUCUCUCGUCCAGACGGUGUUCACCUGACCUGGAUGGUGUAAACUUGUUAUUUGACUGAUGUAAACUUGUUAUUUGACUGAUGUAAACUUAUUUGACUGAUGUAAACUUGUUAUUUGACCGAUGUAAAUUUGAUAUUUGUCUGAUGUAAACUUGUUAUUUGACUGAUUGCUAACCUAUCAUUUAUUUCUGGCUGACAGGGCUAUGACUGCAAUCCUAUGCUGUUCUCUCACACUGGGGGAAAAGUCAGCCUGGUGGGACAGCUUGACCAGUCCCAGGAAAAGGAGUCUGGACAACUGAGGUAUGGUUUGUUGUUUUAUCAUUUAUAAGGAAUCAACAAGUUAAGUCGUGCAAACUGCACUGUCAAGGCUUUCAUCUUUACAUCAACUUAUAUAUAUAUAUAUAUAUAUAUAUAUAUAUAUAUAUAUAUAUAUAUAUAUUUUUUAAGUUCAGACAUUUGAAUUAAAGAUAUUUACCUGGGGACCAGACAUCAAUGUCUAUUAAUUAAUUAAUUUAAUUAUAUUUAUUUUUCUUAAUACAUUGCAGCUCUUAUUUUCUCCGAAUGCAUUGCAGCUCUACCCCUAUUAAAUUUUUGCUUUUGAAUGUGUAUUCUAUGAUUUAAAAAAAAAAAAAAACUCGUUUUAAUUGUGUAUAUUACUGUGUAUUGUGUAUUAAUAUUGUGUAUUAUUAUGUAUGUGGUGAAAGUUCAUGUCUGUUUUGAAAGUUUAUGUCAGUGGAAUCGUUAUUUUCUCCGAAUGCAUUGCAGCUCUACCCCUAUUAAAUUUUUGCUUUUGAAUGUGUAUUCUAUGAUUUAAAAACAAAAAAAAAACUCGUUUUAAUUGUGUAUAUUACUGUGUAUUGUGUAUUAAUAUUGUGUAUUAUUAUGUAUGUGGUGAAAGUUCAUGUCUGUUUUGAAAGUUUAUGUCAGUGGAAUCGUUCAGCUACCAGUGUUGUCCUUAGAUUCAGACCACCCAAUGUUGUAGAUUACAACCAGUCCUCUAUGGAUGGCGAUGGAGAAAAUGAAGAGAGUGAAACACACUUCUUAAUUGUCAGGUUGGGAGGCAUGGAUCACUUGUGCAUUUCGUUUUGAUUCCUGGCGUUUGGCAUGGGGUGGAUAAGAAAAAAUGAAACUGACGUUUUUGAAUUGAACGUUGUAACAGGAACGUUUGUCCUGAUACCUGAUAAAAUCUUGCAUGGAAAUCUCUGAGGAUGUUCUCAGAGCAAUUGUCAGCCUUUAACACAGUUGUAGAUGUGAUAUUAGUGGGAACUGUACAUUUUGUCAUGGCGCUCAUUUGGCUUUUAAUUCACUGUAGUGAAUGUCUUACAAAAAUAUGGUGAAAACUGUUGUAACAAUUAAAAGAUUGCUUUAAAAAGAAUGGCAAAUUUUGAAGUGCAUCUCUUAACAAAUUAAUUGUAUUAGAUUUAGUGAAUGUAACUUAUAUUUGCUUAUCAAUAAUCAUCCAAAAUGUGUACUAUGUGCAUUUUUGAGCAUGGAAUUAGAUGCAAUUCUAAAAAAUAGGAGAAGCUAUUACUAUCAAGCAUUAUCCAUUCUGACCUCAUUUAGGAGAAUACAAUCUCCAAAGUUAGUUGAUGAUAACGAUGAUAAUAAUGAAAGGGCUUUCAUCUUGUAAAUCUACAUCUUGUCACCCGUUGUUUGUCUGGAAUACUUGACUGUUCUUUGCAUCUUGACAUGUGUCUUUAAUUUUGUGGUGGGGACACAGUGAACAGAUAAGGUUUAAUCCCACUUCACACAGAUAAGGUUUAAUCCCACUUCAAGAGCACGUCUAUUUUAUGACUUCAAUGCUGAGACAAGAUACAAUAAGAUUCAUAUACAUCCAAAUAAAUGGAAAAGUUUUAAUUACAUUCAUUUUCAGCACCAAGACCAAUAAAUAUUCUUACCGCGACAUCAUUUUAAAACUAGAACAAUUUAAACACAAAGACAACCUGAAGUAUUUCUCAAGCAUAAAAAUUGUCCGUCAUGGACAAUAAAAGUUCACUCCCUCAGUGACAUAAAAUGAAUUUAUUACUAAUUAAUUAGAUUUUGUAACGGUUGCGGGAGCACUCUGGUAAUUUCUGACAGACUGUGGAACCAAUGAUUUUUUAAAAUCUUUCGGUCCUAACUUUGAUGGAAAGAAUUCCUCCCGACCGAGCUGAUCUUUGGCAUCUGUGAUGAAGAGGAUGGGAUGUUUCCUCAAAAAUGUUUGUUGUUUUUUUACUAGGAUCUUUCUCAUAAUCAUGUCCUCCCCAAGAAAAUCUGCCUGACUUGAAGUCCUUACACCUGGCCAUCUGUCCCUAUUUGGAGAUGGCGUCCUUACACCUGGCCUUCUGUCCCUAUUUGGAGAUGGCGUCCUUACACCUGGCCUUCUGUCCCUAUUUGGAGAUGGCGUCCUUACACCUGGCCUUCUGUCCCUAUUUGGAGAUGGCGUCCUUACACCUGGCUAUCUGUCCCUAUUUGGAGAUGGCGUCCUUACACCUGGCUAUCUGUCCCUAUUUGGAGAGAUGACCCUAUAGAAUUUCUAAACUGCUACUUCCGGGUUGUGAGACAGAUUACAUGCCAGUGCAGCUGCUGGACUCAUAUGUGUCCACAAAUCUGUUGUUCACAAUGUACGAUGUAAUAGCGUGUUUGCAAUAAUAAUUAUGCAUGGAUAACAAAGAGUUAAAUUAUUUGUGACGAAUUGAUUAACCCUUAAGUUAUGGUAUGUGAUUAGAACAUCUAACAGUGGUUUGCUCCAGGUAGUUGACAUAGUGAUGCUUGUCAAGAGAAAUUGGUUUGAAGCUUGGUUUCCCAACAGUGGAGUAUAAAGAUGAAACAUUACCCUAAUUACCAUCAUGUCUAGUCCUUUGCACACUUUACUUUAUUUGAAUUAUUUAUUAGGGAUGAUUAUAUUUUGUAUAAAAGAUGACUGGGACAUUAAGAUCCAAAUGAAACAGAAUGUACAAAAUGUCCCUUUAAUUUUUGGUUUAGCUGAUAUAUAUAAACUACAUUUUCAUUCAUUGUAAAAAAAAUUUUUUUUAACUGAAUCAAAGUAAAUGUCACUUAGAAAGAUAAAAUAAUUAACAUUGGAUCAUACUUAUGGGAUAAUAUUAUUCUAACAUUAGGAAAUUUUAAAAUAUUUUUUCAAUUUUUUUUUUUAAAAAGUGCCAUGAAUCGUUUCAAAAACCUGGACAAGAAGGCAACUGCUGCAGAUACUUCCACUGAACUGAGAACUCAGCACCAGAACACUAUAAUGUAAGCCUUCAUUAUAACCCAGCCAGACCCUUUCAGCCACCCUGGGAAUAAUUUUACACAAUAUUUUUUUUUACUGUUUUUAGCAAAACAUAAGCACAAAUUUCACUCCUUUAGAGCUUUUGACCUGCUUUAAAAAAACAAAAAACAACUGUUUAUCUUCAAUGCAAAUCAAAAUUGCUGUGUGAUCAUUCCUUCUGGUUGCUUAUAGACCACCACUUUGCGUAGCAUGGCCAUAAAAUAGCUUUCAUAUUUCCUUUUAGUUGUCACUUGGAGAUUUCUGUGUGUGUGUGUUUAUGUGUGUGGGUGGAUUCAAUGAGAUGUUAUUUUACAGCUCUUUGCAGAUCAUUAAAUAAUAAGACUGUUGUGUAAAAUCAAUAUAAAUAAAACUCCCAUGACCUGAUUUUGUGGCUUUUUAGGCAAGUGUCAAUUCAUACUGGAACCAAAGCCAGCGCCAACAAGAUUGCAACAUCAGGUGUUGAUGGGAAGCUCAUCAUAUGGGAUCUCAAAGUAGGUCAUGUCUGUUCAGCCACAUCAUGUAACUGCUCAUUGUGUGGUCUCAAAGUAGGUAAUGUCUGUUCAGCCACAUCAUGUAACUGCUCAUUGUGUCCUCUCAAAGUAGGUCAUGUCUGUUUAGCCACAUCAUGUAACUGCUAAUUUUGUCAUCUCAAAGUAGGUCAUGUCUGUUCAGCCACAUCAUGUAACUGCUCAUUUAGUCAUAUCAAAUGAGACUUGUCAUAUUAUUAUUUUUUUUUACAAUGAUGUGUGACACAAAAUUAUGGUGAUUUAUUGAAUGCCAAGAUGCUCUUCUGAUUUCAGAGAUGAUAAAUUCAACUUACAUUGGAUGCUGUUUUUUUCUGAGCUAGCAGCUUACAGAAAGUAUAUAAAGUAUAUUUACCAAAGUAAACCAUCUAUGAAUUUGUGAUACUUAUUUGGUUUUCUUUCAUUUCCAUUUUCAGUCCCUGGAGAAGAGUAUCCAAGGCUUGAAGAUUGCCUAAUUAUCUGGCCAAGCAGCAGUCAAGGUUUUAUUGGCCAACCUUUAGCACAGCAUUUUUUUCAUUUCUCUGCAUUUUUUUCUUUUUACUGGAGAUACGUUUUAAAAAAAUCUCCAAAACUUUAGGCAUGGUGUACGCUAAUCAACUUUGUUCAAAGCCAGAAGCCUGCAUUAAUUUAUUUUGUUUGUUCUGGAACAGUAAUAGUAUAAAUGCUGGUUUGUGUACAGGAACAUUUAUAUCAGACAGACCUUACUGAUGACACUGUAUGACCUAGUUACUGAUGACACUGUAUGACCUAGCUACUGAUGGCACUGUAUGACAUAGUUACUGAUGACACUGACAUAGUUACUGAUGACAUUGUAUGAUGUAUGACCUAGUUAUCUUAGUUCCUAUUUUUAAAUUGGUUACAUGUUAUUCCUUGUGAAUUCAUUCACAAUUUUAAUAAACAGCACUUUUUUAAUAAAAAAAAACUGCUCUGGAC